GCAUAAAUUAGCCUGAGCUAACGCUACCAAGCAGACCAUGGAAAGGCUCAUUGCAAUGUUAUUAUUAAUUGGUCUCCGUACUAAAUGCAACCAGAGACACAAAAGACAACUAAACUCCCCAGUGUCACAUGCUGACAGUUGACAGUUGGAUGUGUAUGUCUUUGUAGCUACUCAGGUGCACCGAUACAUUUGCCAUAGCAGCUGGUUGGUUGGGUUGAACAGUGCAACUUGACCUUGUUUGAGUAGCUGGGGUAGUGAGGACAUUUCUACUUCCUGUGCAGGGGUGGCAACUCAAGCCGUUUGCCCAACACCUCCGGAUUAGAGGGGAAGGCGUCUGUUGAAAGUUGUGACUUCAGAGACCAGUCUGUUUUCUGUAAACUCGGGCAAUGGGCCUGUGCCACAGUAUCUCCUUUGUAGUUGCUAACAUGCGUCCGUUGGCAGGCAUUGGCACAACAUGAACUGCAUUAUUUAAUGAGAUUGGCCCAGUGUCAGUAGUCAGUGGCAACUAAACGCUCAAAGCGAUCACUCAGGGCAGGUGCAAAGGAUUGCACCUGGCGUUCUGUUCUGUGAGUGUUGAAAGUAUUGCAGCUGCAGUGCAGCAAGCGUUGGGCUUAGUGUCACAAACCCUCUGACCUCCCACCCGUCUGUGCACAUGUCUGUGCACGUGUUUCUGACUUUUUUGUGUGUUUAUACGUCAUCUGGUCUUUUGUUACAAGAGUUUAUAGAUUGUAAAUGUAUUGUAACUGUCUUGUCUCAUUGAAGUUUUGCUGAUUCUGGACUUCAUUUCCCGUCUGGGGUAGGACUGUAACGGUACACAAAAAUCACAGUUCGGUGUCUAGCCUACCCCAGUUUUGAAGUCAUGGUUCGGUUCAUUUUCGGUACAGUAAGCCUGUAGGUACUGCUAACCUAAUAAUGUAUAGACAAUAUUGCUGAUGCACAAUGGGAAUAGUAUAGGAAGAGGUGUCAACAAAUGUUUUGAUGUUAAUUGACUAAACUGACAUAUGCUCUGCCUUUGUGUGGGCACUCGAAUUUGAAACAUGGUCCUCAAGCAAAAAAAUCCUACCGAUUGUUACUGUUAAAGACUGUGUUUGGUACAUUCGGUACACAUCUGUAUUGAACCUAAACAGUUUGGUAGGAAAACGUGUACCAUUACACCCCUAUUCUGGGGUGAUGGUCAUUUUCUCCCUCAAACUGUAUUGUUGCAUCUUCAGAUGGAGAGAGUAUGGCUUCACAAACCGAUUCACCACGGUCUCUCGUCUCUCACUAGACCUGAGAAAUCUGAUGUCUAAGGGAAAGGGUGCGCCUAGUCACACAGACUAGACCAUAGGGCAAAAUGCCACUCUAAUCAUUGCUAUUAAGAUUACAAAGAACAGAUCUUGUCCUCACAGAUAAUGCAAAUCAUAGUCACCCAAUACUUUAAGAACACUGAACAGAAACUGAGAUGGUCAGCAGCUGACUAGAGGGACGCAUUCCUAUGGACAUGUUGAGUCAUUUACAGAGCACAGACAUGUUAAAGUAAAGGCCUGUCUAUGUGUUCUUUGAAUUAUGUUUAGAAUGCCACUGACCCCAAAGCCCUUAUAGUUCAGUAAAAAAGCAAUCAAAGGGACUGGUUGGAAGAAUGUACACAGAGCAUAUGGUCACCUUUUGACCUCUGACAUUCCAUAGUCAUGUCUAUACUCUCUGCCUACACAGCAGUGUGUGGUGGGGGUCAGUGUGUUUUGUAAUCUGUGUGGUCAGCAUGUGUGUGUGUGUGCGUGGGUGGGUGUGUGUGUAUAUCAAUACGGAUAGGAUCUAUUAGUGACCUCUCUUGGGGUUAAAGGGGAAAGGUUAGAUUUGUGAAUGGUGCAGUAUCUCCACAGGCUGUAGCAAUCACCUCUGCCUCACUGACCUUGUUCUACAACUUUCUCAAAAGAAAAAUGAGCAUGUCCUUAAUGGAAGUGAGAGAGGGGGAGAGAGAAGAUUUAUGACCCAUGCAUUCAUAGCAGUUUCCUUGACUGCAAGUAUGCUUGUCUGAUAUGUGCCUGUAACACAUCAAGCGUGUGUGUGUGUGUGUGUGUGUGUGAGUGAGUGUGUACGUUUGUGUUUGUGUUUGUCUGAGGCCCCUUAGAAGGAGUGGGGGCCAUGAGGCUAAUCUAUUUUGGGCGACGCCCCCUAUGAGCCAGCGCUAUAUAAGCCUGAGCAUGACCGACACAAUUUUCUUCCCUCUUCGCUUUUUUGUGCAACGUCCCGAAGACUCAAACUAGAGAUGCCGGAGUUUGAGAAGAGCACCGUCCACAUAAAGGACCCGGAGCGGGUUGAGCAGGUGAUCUGCGACUUGAUCAAGGGUGGAGCCCCUAAGCUGCAGAUUAUCACAGAUUUUGAUAUGACGUUAAGUAAAUUCGCAGUCAAUGGAAAACGCUGCCCAACUUGUCAUAAUAUUAUCGAUAACUGCAAACUUGUCACAGAGGAUUGCCGCAAAAAGUUGCUGCAGCUGAAAGAAACCUACUAUCCCAUUGAGAUAGACCCCCACCUCACUAUUGAGGAGAAGUUUCCAUUCAUGGUCGAAUGGUAUUUUAAAUCCCACACGUUAUUAGUGGAGCAGAGGCUUCAGAAGGACAAACUCCCAGAGGUGGUGAGAGAGUCCGAUGCAUCUCUCAGGGAGGGCUAUGAGCAGUUCUUUGAUCGGCUGCUGCAGCACAACGUGCCCGUGUUCAUCUUCUCGGCUGGCCUGGGCGAUGUGCUGGAGGAGAUCAUUCGCCAGGCUGGGGUCUACCACGCCAACGUCAAAGUGGUCUCCAACUUCAUGGAUUUUGAUGAGAAUGGAGUCAUCAAAGGCUUCAAAGGCGAGCUCAUCCAUGUGUACAACAAACAUGACGGGGCACUCCGGAACACUGAGUACUUCAAGCAGCUGAAGGACAACUGCAAUAUCAUUUUGAUGGGCGACUCCCUUGGUGACCUGAACAUGGCCGAUGGUGUGCCCAGUGUGGAGAACAUCCUCAAGAUUGGCUUCCUCAAUGACAAGGUGGAGGAGCGUUUGGAGAAGUACAUGGACUCUUAUGAUAUUGUCCUGGUGAAGGAUGAGUCUCUAGAAGUGCCCAAUUCCAUCCUCCAGAGGAUUCUGUGAACGGUCAGCCAUGCAUCCGGGUGGUCAAGUUUUUUUUUUUUUUUUUUUUUUUAAAUGAACCCUUAUCAGUCCGAUCUUCUGAACUCUUUGGCAUGUUUCCAUUGCUCUGGGACAUCAGCUAACACCUUGAUGAAGUCCUCUACCCCCGGCAACCCCAUCUGACCACACCCCGGCUCACCAUCCUCCAUCUUGUCAAGACCUCUGUUAUGUCCACUCUUUCUCCCACCUUUCUCCUUUGCUUUCUUUUUAAAGACAACUACAUGAACUGUUUUCUUAAAGUGCUCAACAUCCAUAAGUUGCUGGUCUGUUUGUGUCUCUCUUGUUGUCAUUACUGGACUGAGUACACAAUAGUUGAUCAACACAACACAACACAGCAGCCAAACAAAAACCAAAACAUGUCUGUCAAUCAACUUUGUUCAAUUUGCACAUUAUUAUUACUAUUGCUAUUAUCAUUGGUUUUAUUUUUAUAUUGUAAUGUUAUUAUGGGAGUAGAUAUGCAGUAUAUUAAGGGUUGUUUAAGGUGUAGGGAAAUAUCACAGACAGAUCCUGCAUGUGUUUUACCACUAGAAUCUUCUAAUAAUGCAGGAGAGGAGAAGAUGUGCAUUUAAACAACAUGUCAUUGAAUAAGAAAUGGUCAGGUGCACCGCCACAUGCUUUCUGAUCUAUGUUCUCAUGGAUGUUGACGUGUCCUGUGAUGGACAAUAUGCACUCCAGGAUAGUAUCAGAGAAUGUAUGUUACAGAUUCCCUUGAAUGUUUGACAAACAGGCAAAAUGUUGGCAUUGUUCAUUUUCAAUUCAUGCUCAAGAGAUUCAUUCUCUCUUUUUUUUGGCUUUCUUUCUUUCACCUGAUGCAUUUUAUCGGUGUAUGUCUGAUACUUAGAAUGCACACUACCUCCAAGAUGUUCACCUUUGGGGUGGAACAGUGUAACUUUGUUUUUGAUUUGCACUCAUUGUAAAGUCCCUUUUUGAAUUAAGCAUUAGUGUAUGCUGCUACCAAUUGCAUGUUGCCUUUCUUAAAUGCAUAUCAUGUGAGAAGUUUCAAUUGUCAAUAAAAAAAAUAUAUAGGAGA